AUUCAAUCCUUUCGGAAUCCACCGGCGCGGGAAUGGGCAACGUAAUUGGGAUCAGUCCCAGCGACAACCAGGAAGCGCACCGAGCGUCGUUGAUCGAUGAAAUCGUACCCUUCGACAACCUGAGCAUCCACGAGGUCGAAAUCUUCUGGAGAAACUUCUAUGAUCAUGCAUCCGGGUUUGCCAUGUCCAAGCACGAGUUCACGACCAUGUGCAUCAAUGUCGCGUGCCAGCUGAACAAAUCGCCCAACCAGAUGGCUCACGACGCGGGCGUUCUGUUUGACGUGCUAACGAAGGAAUCGGACGCCAAGCUUCUCGACGCACUCGAGUUUCUCGCGAGCAUUGUUUUCAUCUGCACGGCGCCGCUUGACGACAAAAUCGAUCUCGUGUAUGACAGCUGGGACAUGUCCGAAGACAAUGGCUUGCAAAUUGACGAAGUUGUCAUAUCGCUCAAGUCUACGCUACUCGGGUUGGCGAAGAUCAUAGUGAUCGAGGAUAAACCCAAGACGACGGACACGCUGGACGACGACCCGAUCCGGCGACUGGCCGAGAUGGCGUUCCGCGACAUGCUGAAAGUGUCUCCAUCGACUCCCAUCCGCAGCGAAGAUACGAUCUCGUGUGACGUGUUUCACGCAUACUGUUUGUCCAAUCCGGACGUGAAAGAACUCUUUGUGUGGUUUGACGCCGUCGAGCAAGACGUGCUCAACGGACUUGACCCGUUCGACAUUCCCGAUAGGUCGCUCAAACAUGUCCUACAGAUGGACCCAGACGCUGUCAUCGAGAAGGAUCUCGUGCGGGCGGCAGAUCCCGGUGACGAAUUCAUGGCCGUCAAGCCAUGGGAAGGUGCAAUUGUCGCUCCGUCCAAAGUCACGCCUCUUGACCCCAGUGCCCCCGUGCUGAGUCUGUCAUUGCAUUGGAUCUACGGCUACAACGCCCAAGAUACCUACGCCCGCAACAAUGUUCGGUACACGAAGGGGGGGGAGAUUGUGUACACAGCAGCAAGUGUCGGAGUUGUGCUGAACGCCAAGGCGAACACCCAGCGCCAUCUCUUGGCCCACACCGACGAUGUCUUGAGCAUCGCGCUCCAUCCAUCGAAAGGACUCGCCGCCACCGGCGAGACGGGCAAAACGCCCAAGCUGAUUGUAUGGGACGUGACAACUGUCAAGCCUCUCGUAACUCUGAGGGGGUACCACUCGCGCGGCAUCAUCCAGCUUGCAUUUUCCACAAUUGGCAACGAGCUGGCGACGCUGGGUGCCGACGACGAUCACAGCGUCGGCGUGUACACAACUCGGGAUAUGUGGCACACGGCGGAGUUGACGUGGUUUGCCAAAGGCAACAAGGCAAUUCCGCUCCAUGUGUUGUGGCAUCCCACGGACGCCAUGCAAUUUUGCUGUCUCGGCGUCAAGUUCAUUGAAUUUUGGGACAAGCAAAAGUGUACCAAAGGCAUUUUUGGAAAGAAAGGCAAACUCCAGCCUCUGCUGUGCGCCGCGUGGGUGCCACUGGGCACAGUCAUGACACUUGUCGUGGGCACCAGCGACGGCGCGUUGUACUUGUUUCAGCGCCCCGAGCUUCGGUCGACCAUCGAAAACGCGCACACCGCAAGUGUCCAAACCAUGUACGUCCUAGACAAGACACUUGUCACCGGUGGAAAGGACGGCCAAAUCAAGCUGUGGGUUGCCGAAAAAUCGAGUCUGACGUGCCUCACGACCUUUGACUGCAAUUCCUUGCUUGGCACUGCUGGAGUAGUGCUGCAAAGCUUAUGCCUCUCACCGGACGGCUCGACCAUCUUGCUUGGCACUCAAACAUCUGAAAUCUACGAGCUCAGCGUCAAGGAGAAAUCCAUGUCGAUGGCGCUCAUGUGUGGCCACUCGGUUGACGAGCUGUGGGGACUGGCCACCCACCCAACGAAACAAGAAGCAGUGACGGUGGGAGACGACAAGUGGCUGCGCGUGUGGGACUUGACUACGACGAGAGUUUUGCGAAGCGUCAAACUCGAGUGCAUGGCCCGCGCCGUUGCGUACUCGCCCGAUGGAAAGCUCAUCGCAGUGGGUCUUGGUGGUCAAGUGCCUGGCAAAGACAAAGCGAAUAAACAUCCAAAAUGCGGGGGCGUAGUCGUGCUGGUCGCGUCGGAUCUUUCCAAGGCGUUUGAGCGAAACGAUACGAAGAAAUGGAUCGCUGAUGUAAAGUUCAGUCCAAACGGUAGCACGCUCGCCAUCGCUAGCCACGACUCGAGUGUGGUGCUGUACGACAUGACCAAGCAGUGCGCGAAGAAGCACGCGUUCAAAAAGCACAGCAGUUUCGUGUCGCAUUUGGACUUUUCCGCCGAUGGAUCGUACCUACAGAGCAUUUCUGGCGCUUAUGAGUUGUUAUAUUGCGAUGUUAAGACUGGCAAACAAGUCACGAGCGCGUCGGCGUUCAAAGAUGAACAGUGGGCGACGUGGACGUGCAUCUUGGGUUGGCCAGUCCAGGGCAUUUGGCAACCCGAAAGCGACGGGUCCGAUAUCAAUGCAGUCGAUCGAUCGCACUCGGGAUCGUUGUUGGCUACGGCGGAUGAUUUUGGCAAGGUCAAGGUGUUUCGGUACCCGUGUGUGAAGAAAUACGCAGGAUUUCUCGACUUCCUCGGCCACUCGUCGCACGUGACAAACAUUCGAUGGUCGGCCGCCGAUCAGUUUUUGCUGUCCACGGGAGGCCAAGAUCGCUGUUUAUUUCAGUGGAAACACGACAUUGCUGUAAAGCAACCGGUGGCAGCGACCGUCCACAAGUCGUUCCCAAGUAAUCAAGCCACGCAUGACAGCCAUGAUUCGACCACCACUGCUUUGGACAACUCGGACGUUGAAUUUGAAGUAAGUGGCGACGAAUUCAUGGCUGUCAAGCCGUGGAUCGGUGCCAUCAUCCCUCCAUCUGUCUUGCCCAUGGUCGACAAUACGAAGCCUCCACCUACAACGUUGACGCUGCAACACGUUCACGGGUAUCAAGGGCAGACAGCUCUCAACAAUGUUCGAUAUAUGGAAGCAAAUCGAAUCGUGUACCAUACUGCGGCACUUGGCGUUGUGUUCGACUCGAGUAGCAGCUCCCAGCAGUUCUUUCAAGAACACGACGAUGAUAUUGUGGGGCUGGCACUGCACCCGAAUCGCAAGACGGUCGCGACGGGCCAAAUGGGCAAAGUACCAAAAAUCCACGUGUGGGAGCUCGGGUCCCGAGGCAAAUAUGUGAGUUUGGCAUGCUUGCAAGGGUUCCACAAGCGCGCCGUGCCGGUUUUAAGCUUCUCAACGGACGGGACGACGUUGGCGUCCAUGGGGAACGAUGAUGACCACAGCAUCGCCAUUUACAAGUGGAAGGAAGGACUGCUCACGGCAUCGUCGAAAGGCGUUCGGAAUACUUUGAUGCACUUGAUGCACGUGCCCUCCACGAACGAAUGGGUGUGUCUGGGAGACAAAUUGAUCACGUUUUGGUCGGAACAAGGGCGAAACCUGAAUGCGAAGAAAGCAGUGCUGGGCAAGACCACCACCCCGCAGAUGUUUUACUGCGCUGUGGCCAUUCCAAGCGCUGCUACCAGCAAAGCGUUGUCCAAACUCGUUGUUGGCGCGCAUGAUGGAUCGCUACUUGUCCUGGACGAUAAGUGCGUAUCCAAGGUGCUGAAGGCGCACACGGGUCCAGCCUAUGCCGUCUUUGCAUCUCCCACCAAGGCCGAGUGGAUUAGCGGAGGCAAGGAUGGCAAAGUAAUCGUGUGGGACAUCAAUCUCAGCGCGCUGCACAGUUUUGACAUCGCCGGACCGUUGACAAAACUGUUCAACAUGUCUCCAGAAGUGUCGUCGAAGUUGCCGUCGGUGUUUGCUGUCCGCAGCGUGUGUUUUAACUCUGACCACACACGCAUCCUCCUCGGAACGAGUGGCAGUGACGUCGUGCAGUUUGACCGGAUGGGAACGAAGGCCACUGUUGUCACGCAGGGCCACUCUCAGGACGAGCUCUGGGGACUGGCUGUCCAUCCAACCAAACCUGAAUUCUGCACUGUGGGCGACGACAUGACUUUGCGGGUGUGGAGUACCGAGCACCGCCUGCAACUCCGCAUGAAAGCCUUGGAUUGCGUCGCUCGCGCGUGCGCGUAUUCCAAUGGCGGCGCGCCGUUCUGCAUUGCCGUGGGGUAUGGUGGCCGCAUAGGCAGCGGCAAGAAGAAGCACCAGAAAGAGGGUGGGCUCGUGGUAUUUCGAGACGCAGACACGUUUGACGUUCUGUAUGAGGACAAGCCGUCCAAGGAGUGGAUUUCGGAGAUCAAAUUUUCCCCGGACAACUCGAUUUUGGCGGUCGGGAGCCACGACAAUGCAAUCUACUUGUACGCGGUCGUUGCCAACGCGAAAUUUACAAAAAUGAAGAAAAUGUUUCGCGGCCACAACAGCUACAUCACGCACUUGGACUUUUCUAGCGACAGCAAGUACAUCCAGAGCAAUUGCGGGGCGUACGAGCUCCUGUUUUCCGACGCCACAACGGGCAAGCAAGUCACGUCCGCCCGUAGCCUGCGCGAUGUCAAGUGGGACUCGUGGACAUGUGCGUUGGGGUGGCCCGUGCAAGGCAUUUGGCCAACCUGUGCCGACGGCACGGACAUUAACGCUGUCGAUCGGUCGCAUUCGUGUGACCUUGUGGCGACAGGCGACGACUUUGGCCACGUCAAGUUGUUUCGGUUCCCUGCAGUCGCCAAGCACAGUGUGUCCUACUCGUACUCUGGUCACUCGUCCCAUGUGACGAACGUUCGGUGGCUCGGAAGCGAUACGCAUGUGAUUUCGACGGGCGGGCUCGAUCGAACCAUCAUGCAGUGGAAACACGAACGAGUGGAUGCCGCAGGUAACGAUGACAGCGACAUCAAGUCACCGCUGUCUCCGUUCAAGACGACCACGACCAAAGCCGACGAAAACGACGAUGACGACAACGACUCCAAUGAAACAUCUCUCACCGGAGCACGAGGCAACGUGGGGUCGCAAAACGACAACGCGCCGUUGUUUGAUGCGGAUGCGGGCGAUGAGUUUAUGGCUGUGAAGCCUUGGAUCGGCGCAAUCACGGCACCGAGCAAUCCACCAAAGGAAAAUCCACGAGAGCCAGAGGUCACGAUGCAUCUCGACUGGGUGUUUGGAUACCAGACCGAGCUGUCACGCAACAAUUUGAGGUACAACGCCAAUGGUCAGAUCGUGUACCAUGCCGCGGCCGUCGGGAUCAUGUACGACCGAGACACCAACACCCAAAAACACCACUUAGGACACACCGACGACAUCUUGUGCAUGGCCAUGUCUCCAUCAGGACGAUUUGUGGCGACGGGGGAGCGCGGCAAAAAGCCCACGAUUCGUGUGUGGGAUGCCAAGUCGGGCGCGACCUUGAGUGUCCUGGCAGGGUUUCAUUCGCGAGGGGUCGUGAGCGUCACAUUCAGCCACGACGAAAAGACGAUUGCCAGCGUUGGCGAAGAUGACGACCACAGCUUGGCGAUUUGGGAAGACAAGGGCGGCGCGUGGAGCAAAGGCCAGCUCGUGACAACGGCAAAAGGCGACAAGAACGUCAAUUUGUUUGCGAUUGCGCUGCCUCGGCUGAUCGUGACGGGCGGUGUCAAGCACAUUUUAUUUUGGACUCUGCAGGGGAAAACAGUGUCGCAUGCCAAGGGCCAAUUCGGCAAACUUGCGACGCAGCAGCCGCUCUUGUGCGCGUGCAGCUUUUUUGACAACACGACUCUGACAGGGGCCGAGAAUGGCGACUUGUACCACUGGACGGGCAACACCGUCACCAAGAGCGUGAAAGCACACGAUGGCGCGCUCUCUGCGUUGUAUUCUGUCGUGGCGGACAAGGCGUACAUGGUCGUAUCUGGCGGAAAGGAUGGCAAGGUGUGCGUGUGGAACCAGUCCCUCCAGCAAACGAGUUCGUUUUCCAUGGAUGCGACCGUCACGUUGAGCAGUGUUCGGGCGAAAACGAUCAAGAGCGUUGCGUUCGACUUGUCGUUGAAAAAGAUCUUGGUCGGCACGCUCAGUAGCGAUGCCUUCGAGGUCGACAUUGCGACGGGCCAGCUGGCCAAGACGAUUGCGAGCGGGCAUUUUACCGGGGAAACGUGGGGCUUGGCUGUGCACCCAUUGGACCCGACGCAGUUCCUCACAGUGGGCGACGACAAAAUCGCUCGGCUAUACGACCGCCAGACAAAGACGUCCGUUGUCCUGAUGGAGUUGAAUGACAUGGCGCGGGCAGUUGCGUUUUCACCGGACGGAACGAUGCUCGCGAUUGGGUAUGGCGGAGACAUGGGGCGGGGCAAGAAGAAAGGAGGAAUGGCUGGCGCCAUCGGGUUCUACGAGCACCCUUCGACGACCAUCGUGUUUGAAGACCACCCAUCCAAAGCUCCCAUAAGCGACGUCAAAUUCAAUGCGUCGGGGACGAUGGCGGCGUUUGGAUCCCAUGACACCAAGAUUUACUUGUACUCGAUCGACUCGUCUACGCCGCCCGGCGUUGUCCAAAAGCACAAAGUGUUUGACGCGCAUAAGAGUUCGAUCACGCACUUGGACUUUUCAAGAGACGGCAAGUACUUGCAGUCGAAUUGCGGUGGAUACGAACUGCUCUUUUGCGACACGGCCACCGCGAAACAAAUGAAAUCGGCACGCGCACUCAGAGAUGUCGUGUGGGACUCGUGGACGUGCGCGCUGGGAUGGCCAGUGCAAGGAAUAUGGCCGGAAUUCGCGGAUGGCACCGACAUCAACUCGGUGUGUGUGUCCAACUCGAGGACGUUUGUGGCCACCGGAGACGACAGCUCCAACGUCAAGGUGUUUCGAUAUCCCUGCUUGACCAAAGGCGCAAAAUGGAUCGUUGGCCAAGGCCACUGCUCCCAUGUCACCAAUGUUCGAUUCACGCGGGACGACAAGUACAUUGUGUCGACGGGCGGUAACGACCGCGCCACCAUGCUCUGGCGACUUUCCGAUUGAAUUGAGCCCAAAGGAUUUGUUUUCCAUG